CAGCAUUGGAUAUAGCAUCACGAGAGUGACUUUGACCAUAGGGUGAAAAAAAAAGGAAAAGAAAUAUCAACAAAAUCAAAGAGAAAUAUCAAGCCAAAAAAACGGCGCACUUUAAGUUCCUUUGAGCCCGAUUACUAUCAGUCAACCACUUUAUCAUGCCUCACGCCGUCACGGCCGUGGCCCCAGGGCUGCAGGCCUUGAUUCUUUGUGGCCCUGGCUCAUCUUUUCCUACAUUCACCACGAAUCCCGAUGAGAACCCAAAGGCUUUACUGCCCAUAGCAAACAGACCAAUGGUAUGGUAUCCAUUGAGCUUUUGCUAUAGGGUGGGAAUCACAGACAUCACCCUUAUCUGCCCGCCAACGGCAGAAGAGGCCCUCAACGCCUCCCUUAAAACUAACCCCUUCCUUACCAGCUUACCUCUUCCAACGCCCACUCUCUUAGCCCCCAAGGACCUUACAUACAACACGGGAACCGCAGACAUUCUUCGUCUUCCCGAGGUUCGCGAGGCUGUGACUCAGAACUUCUUCGUCCUUCCAUGCGAUCUAGUAUGUGAGCUUGGUGGCGAUCAGCUGGUCCAAGCAUGGAUGGUCAAGUCGGCCAAGCUGGACGGCAUGUUCACCGAGCAGCAAUCUACUCACGAGCCGCGCAGUGGCGGUCUCGGCGUGUGGUACGACACCAAAGCAAGCCCUAUCAAGGGCGAGGAGACAGAUUUUGUUAUCACAACUCCGAGCCCAAAGCUGCCGGUUGCGCCACCGAAAGACUCUGUGUUGACGCGACUCCAGAACGUGGUAUAUUCUAUGCCCAAGGACACGCUCAACGACAUAACAGAUGACAACGAAGGCUUCCCUAUUCGCCAUGGCUUGCUUCGUGCCCACUCCCGGAUACGUAUGGUAUCAAGUCAUCGGGAUGCACAUAUCUACAUUUUCCCACGUUGGGUAAUGGAUCUUGUCAAAGAGAACCCUCACAUGGAGAGCAUUGCCGAGGACGUCGUUGGCUGGUGGGCCAAAGCCACCUGGCAGAGUGGACUCGGAACCAAACUGGGCUUGGACCGUAUCUUGGGCACGUCCAGCGACGAGCAAUCAUCCGAGACAUCCCAGACUAGCAGCCCGUCGACGCCCACCAAGGCUGACAGACCUACACUGCCGAAGAGGCUAUCUUCUGUCCCAGACAAGUUCCAAGUUCCUCAUAUGACGGCAUACAUUCACCCGUCCGGCCCAACAGACCCGUUGAUCCGCCGUGUGGACACAGCCCAAGCACUCCUUUCGGUCUCGCUCCAGCUCGCCAAAUUACCUUCACUGGAGGAGACCGGCAUCGCAGCAGCAACAUCCCCCUUUGCCCAUUCUCGCAAGGUCGCGUACCCGGAGGGCGUACGACCCCGAACGACCAUUACGCGGCCCGACAGCCUGGUGGCUGACAAUGUCAUCGUCGAGGAGAAGGUGUCCAUCAAAGAGUCUGUCAUCGGUGCCAACUGCAAGAUCGAGGAGGGUGCGAAAUUGCAGGGCUGCCUGCUGAUGGACGGCGUCGUCGUUGGCAAGGGCUGCAGGCUCGUAAGGUGUAUUCUUGGAAAGCGCAGCCAGAUUGGAGAGGGCUCCACAUUGAUGGAAUGCGAAGUACAAGAGAACCUACUGGUUGAACCCAAGACCGAAGAAAAGAACACCAAGAUCAUGAGUUCGUCUGGUCUCGAAGCUACCGAGGAGGAGAUGCAGGAGGUCCUCGAGGCGAUGUCAGACGUCGAGAUUGGCGACGAGGCGCAAUAGGGCCGCAGCUAGAGUGGGCCUUGAGCGCUUAGGCUACGCAGAUGUCUGCGGUUGGGUCACCAAACAGCGACGAAUAGCAUGCAGCAAUAUACCUCAGCGGGUCGGAUUAGUGCCUAGCCGAGCCAAGGAUUACCCGCGAUUUUCAUUGAAAAUGCCUAGCCAAUUUACUGUGUAGACUUGUUUUUGGCGGGGCACAGAGCAAUGAUAUAGACAAUAAAGCGCCGAUAGCCUAGGACUAGAGUGGAUGUUUGUUUUACACGGCCAACCGCGCGACCUCCUGGGCUUGGGCACUGUUGAGUGGGACGGUAGUCCAGGAAGCGCAGGGCUUUAAUGGAUUAUGCAGGUAGAGGAACACUGUAGCACUUGCUCUGACGCGACAA